AUGCCGAAUUCACCAGGGGUGGUAAAGCAGCAGGAGCAGCAGCAGUAUCAACCGAUGCCUGUGAAGGAUGAGGGUCCGGAUGCAAACGUUGCAGCGAAUUAUAUCAAGACCGAAUUUGGUGAAAUGAACACGGUUGAGUCAAUGUGCCCCCGAUGCGGCGAGAAUGGCACGACGCGUCUGAUGAUCACAAAUAUACCACACUUUAAGGAAGUCAUUGUGAGCAGCUUUGAGUGCCUUCACUGUGGUGAGAGGAACAAUGAUGUGUCGUUUGGUGGCGUCUUUGGUCCAAAGGCGAUUCGUUAUGAACUUGAGGUGAAAACAAAGAAGGACUUGGAUCGUCAAGUUGUAAAAUCGGACUUUGCGACGGUGCGUAUCCCACAGCUGGAGCUGGAGAUUCCACCGGGGUCUCAACGAGGUAUUCUCAAUACGGUUGAGGGCUUUUUGGAGCAAACUGAGGCCGGGCUUCAGUUGCAGCAGCCGAUGCGGCGCAUACAUGAACCGGAGUUAUACGAAAAGCUGGAGGCAUUCUGUCAAAAGCUUCAGGAGUUCCGGACGGGGAACGCUCCCUUUACAUUCACCAUUGAUGAUCCCUCCGGUAAUAGCUAUAUUGAGGCAUACUAUGACUAUUACCACCCUACAAUUGAUCCCCAGCUUACUCGCUACGAAAAGGAGCGGACGGAUGUGGACCGACAGUUAUUAGGGCUCACCAUUGAGUAUAACACACAGAGAACUGAGCAAGAACAGCGUGAGGUGCAAGAGGGACAGUUUGAUGACAUGGUGCGUAUGGAAACCGCGUGCCCCGCAUGUAAACAACAGGGGUUUAUCAAUAUGCAACAAGUUGACAUACCUUACUUCAAAGAAACGGUUAUUAUGGCAUUUCGUUGUGACUUCUGUGGUUAUAAGAGUAACGAGGUGAAGUCCGGGGGGAAGGUUUCCGAUACCGGCCUUAAGAUUGAGCUGCGUGUUGAAUCCGAGGACGACCUCAAGCGUGAUGUUCUCAAGUCUGAGACUGCGACGUUGAAUAUUCCUGAGGUUUCGCUGGAGGUCUUACCGGGCACGCUUGGGGGUUUCUUCUCCACUGUGGAAGGGACCAUUAUGAUGGUGCGAGACCAGCUUCGCGACUUGCCACAGGCAGAGUUUGGAAAGGGAGACUCCGCCGAGACGGAUGCAUCGUCGAAGAAGUUGAUGGAGUUUGUGGGGGAGCUUGACGAUCUGCUGCAUGUGAAGAGACCCUUCACAUUUAUCCUCGACGAUCCAUUGGCGAAUAUUUACGUGCAGAACCCGCGUGAGCACUUGCCACCGCCGGAGCACGAAGACCCCCGGCUCACCAAGACAUCCUACGUGAGGACCUUUGAACAGGAUGAGGAACUUGGAUUUCAUCAAAUGAAGGUUGAUUGA